CGAAUUUUGGCUUAAAUUACGAUACCGUAAACAACAACAAACACACAACAAUCACCAAAUCCACGAUGAGUUCGGGUCAGGUGCGUACUCCCGUCUCGCAGAUAAUCAACAACAAAGCUGACCAGGAUGCCGAGGAGGAGCCAAAGAAAAAGUCCCGCGAGGAUUGGCGCAAGGCGAAGGAGUUGGAGGAGGCGAGAAAAGCGGGUACAGCACCAGCCGCCGUCGAUGAGGAGGGUCGCGACAUCAAUCCCCACAUUCCGCAGUACAUAUCCAAUGCACCCUGGUACUAUGGCACCCAGGGGCCCACACUGAAACAUCAGCGACCACAGCACGAGGAUGAGCAGGGCCAGCUGGACAAGCGGGCACCGAAGGGCCUGGACACCACCAGAAUUGUGACCAAGUUCCGGAAGGGCGCCUGCGAGAACUGCGGCGCCAUGACGCACAAGAAGAAGGAUUGCCUGGAGCGGCCGCGCAAGGUGCAGGCGAGGUAUGCAGAGUCGAUUGUGGUGCACGACGAGCACAUCGUGAGCGAAGCCUCCAUCAACUAUGAUGAGAAACGCGAUCGCUGGAGCUCCUACGAUCCGGCCAAUCAUCGGGAGAUUGUCGAAGAGUACGAAAAAGUGGAGGAAGCCAAGCGGCAGCUAAAAGCUGAAAAACUUAAAAAUGACCCCGAUGCGGAGAUCUCUGACGAGGAGGGCAACGAGGACAAAUACGUUGACGAAGUGGACAUGCCGGGCACAAAAGUGGACUCCAAACAGCGGAUUACUGUGCGAAAUUUGCGUAUUCGCGAGGAUACAGCUAAAUAUCUGAGGAAUUUGGAUCCAAACUCCGCCUACUAUGACCCCAAGACCCGCUCUAUGCGUGACAAUCCGAAUCCUGCAACGCCUGCGGAGGAAGCUGAGUUUGCCGGCGAGAACUUUGUGCGCUUCUCUGGCGACACGACAGCCCAAGCCACCGCUCAACUGUUCGCCUGGGAGGCCCAUGGCAAGGGAGUGGAUGUCCAUCUGCUGGCCGAGCCCACAAAGCUGGAGCUACUCCAAAAGGAAUACGAACAGAAGAAAGAACAGUUCAAGUCAAGUACAAAAACUCAUAUUGUGGAGAAAUAUGGUGGCGAAGAGCAUCUGAAGGUGCCGCCCAAGUCGCUGCUGCUUGCCCAGACCGAGGAGUACAUUGAGUACUCGCGCAGCGGCAAGGUCAUCAAGGGUGUAGAGAAGCCCAAGGCGCGCAGUAUCUAUGAGGAGGACGUGUACAUCAACAAUCACACAACAGUGUGGGGCAGCUUUUGGAAUGCCGGCCGCUGGGGCUACAAGUGUUGCAAGUCCUUCAUCAAGAACUCCUACUGCGUGGGCAUGCAGGAACCGGAAGGCUAUUCAGACCAUCAGCAGCAGUCAAAUAGCUCCGUAUCAGCAGUGCCUCCGGAAACAUCCGCCGAUAACGAGACCAGAGUCCAAGAGGAACCCCCAGAGAAGGUCGCCUCCGAGGCGGACUCUGCGCCCAGUUCAGAAUCAUCCACAGAGGAGGAAGAGCCAGAGGUUCAUGAGAAGAAAAAGUCGAAAAAGAAGUCCAAGAAGCGGGAAAAGAAAAGGAAGGCCAAGGAGCAGCGCAAACGCAAGGAGACAAAAGAAAUGGAAGCCAAGGAGAAGGCGUUGACGACAGAGAAGAACAUCCAAGAGGACCUGGACGAUCGCAAGCGACCAUACAACAGCAUGUACGAUGUGAAGGCGCCCACCGAGGACGAGAUUGAGGAAUGGAAAAGGAAGCGACCACGCGCUGAAGAUCCCAUGGCGCAAUUUCUAUAAACUUGUAAAUAAAAUAAAAGUACCAUACAAAUUUCAACAAAAUGGAGUAGAUACUAUUAGAAUAAACUUUAAUCUUAAACGAUCGCAUACUGCUCGUAAAGUA